AUGGAGUUUGGUGAUAUUCAAAUGAACAUUAAUAAGCUGCAAAAGGAUUUAGAAUUUGUCCAAAAUGAUAUUAGCAUUCCUAAUCAGCAUGAUAGAGUUAAGUCUAUUGUUAGUGAGCUUGAAAAUUGGUAUAAAAUUCAAUUUGAUUUUUAUAAGGAAAAAUCUAGGGAUAAAUCCUUAUUUGAAAUGGAUAAUAAUACUAGGUAUUUCCAUUCUAUUGUCAAAAAGAGAUUGCAUACUAACAAUAUAAAUGCUCUUUGUGAUACUAAUGGUAAUUGGCUCAGGGGCAGACAUGAUAUCAGUACUUUGCUUAGAAAUCAUUUUAGUGAUGUUGCCAUCACUUCUAAUCCUAUUCUGCCUGAGAAUGCUUUUGAUAUUUUUCCAAGAAUUAUACUUGAUGCUGAUAAUGUUGUGUUAACAACAGUCCCUAGUGAGCAUGAAAUUGAAAAUGUAGUCAAACAUAUGCCUGCUUGGAGUGCUCCUGGCCCUGAUGGCUUCAAGCAGGGUUUUACCAAACACAGUGGCAACUUGUUGAUUUUAGCUAAUAGAAUAAGGCCUUUUCUUAAGAAACUAAUCUCACCUUAUCAGACUGCUUUUGUCCCAGGGAGAGCUAUUUAUGACAAUAUCAUUACUGCACAUGAAGUUAUUCAUUCUAUGAAACACAAGGAAGGUUUAAGUGGCACUGUGGAACUUAAAUUAGACCUGUCAAAAGCCUUUGACAGGCUUGAAUGGAACUUUUUGAUUAAAGUUCUUGAUAGCUUUGGUUUUAGUAAAGAAUUUUGUAACCUAAUAAUUCAAUGUGUCUCUAUUACAAGUAUUAGUAUGCUGCUUAAUGGCUCACCCUGUGAUCAAUUUAAACCAACUAGAGGUAUUAGACAAGGAGAUCCUCUGUCUCCUUAUCUUUUUAUCUUGGCCAUGGAAUACUUAUCUAGAUCUUUGUUAGUAGCUGAAACUAAUAAGUCUAUCACUGGCAUUAAAGUUUCUAGGAAAUCUCUACUUAUAUCUCAUUUAUUUUUUGCUGAUGAUAUUCUUAUAUUUGGUCAAGCUAAUAUGCAACAUCUUGACCAUAUCUUACACACUUUGCAGGAAUUUGGGAAGCUUUCGGGUCAGAUACUUAAUUUUGAUAAGUCUUGUGUGUAUUUUAUUAAAAAUCUUAGUCCUAAUGAUUGUGCCAAUCUUGCUCGGGCUCUUAACAUGUAUUUGGUUUCCGAUUCUGAAAAAUAUCUUGGAGCACCCUUACUUCUUGGUCAUUCUAAGAUUAAGUUUGUUGAUCUUAUUAUCCAAUCCUUUGAAGCUAGAUUAAAUAAUUAUAUUGGCACCACUAUCAAUCAAGCAGGUAGAUCUACUCUUAUUAAGAUUGGUAAAGGGAUUAAAUUCAUUGCUUGGGAUAGCAUAAACAUUCUUAAAGAAUUAGGAGGUUUAGGAUUUAUAAAUCUUGAAACUUUCAAUAUUGCUCUCAUAUGUAAGCUAGUUUGGAAGAUUCUUACUGCACAAGAAGAACUAUGGGUGCAAAUUAUGAAUUCUAAGAAUAUUUAUAAAUGCAUUGAGAUUAUUAAGAGGAAUAGUAUUUGGGCUGUAAGAUGUGGAACUAAGGUUAAUAUCUGGCUUGAUAAUUGGGUUAUUGGUCUAGAUCACCCUCCUUCACCAGCUGAAGGUUUAAUCAACACAGUUUCUUAUAUUCAUGUCUCUGAUUUGUUUAUACAAGGAACUAGAGAUUGGAAUAUUCAUCCGGUUUAUUAUUUGUUUUCCCCCGAAUCUGCUGAAAGUAUUUUAUGUAUGACUAUUCCAGCUAUUGGUACUGACAAUCUUAUUUGUAUGCCAGACAGAAAAGUCCAAUUCUCAGUGAAGAGUGCUUAUAAUGUUUUAUCUAGUUACUCUAAUACUAAUACAGGUGCACAUGUUGUUCCAGUUCAGGUUCGGAAGGCUUUAUGGAAAUUCAAAUUGCCUCACAAAGUAAAACUCUUUGCUUGGAAGUGCAUUAGGGACAUAGUUCCAACUAGAGACAAACUUUCUAAGUAUAAACCAAAUAUAGAAUUGCACUGUAGUCUCUGGAAUCAUCCUAAUGAAUCUAUGAAUCAUAUGCUUCUGGAUUGUCCUUAUGCUAGAUCAGUUUGGUUGAGUUUAAACAUUAAUGUUGGUAAUAUUAUGUUGCAGCAUGGUUCCUUAAGGAACUGGGCUCUCUUGGCCUUUCAGAACAUCAAUCCCAACAGAAUGUUGUCUUUAGAAAAUAUUCAUAGGCUUACUGCUCCUGCCAUUAAUAAUAUUACUGUCAAUAACAACUCUUUACAGGUGUUGAGAUGGAAACCACCAGAUUCUGGUUACAUUAAAAUAAAUUUGGAUGCAUCUUUUCUGAAAGAAAAUUUACAAGGUGGUAUAGGACUAAUUUUAAGAAAUUUUGCAGGCAAAAGCAUUGGUGCUCAAGGGAAAUACUUUGAUGGAGGAAUGAUUGCAGGACUGGAAGUAGAGGAAUUGGAAUGCAGGGCCAUGCAGGAAGCUGCAUCUUGGGCUGUCUCAAAGAAUUUCAGUAGAGUUGUUUUUGAAUUAGAUAGUGAAGUUUUAAUAAAAUCCAUCAAUGAACAAUCACACCAUGUUCAUUGGAGGAAUCAGUCAUUAGUUCUUGACAUUAAGUUUUUAUUAAGCAAGAUUAGCUUUUGGAAAUGUGUUUCAGUUAAAAGAGAGGUUAAUAGUGUGGCAGAUAAGUUGGCCAAGAAAACUAUAAUUCUCAAAGGCAACUUUGAAUACUUAAAUGAUGUUCCACGGGAAAUCCAAACCUGGGUUGAUCAAGACUAUCAUGUAAACUCUAUUUCCACUUAA